AGCGAACCCAAGCAGGUUUUAGCUAGCAGCUUGAAGUGGCUGAUGUUUUUUGGAGGGCGUUCAGAGUCCCAGGUUGAUACAAUGCUCCCUCCCACAGCUCUGACAUAUAUAUAAACGCUGCGAUCUCCGCAGCCCACUGCCAGUUCUCUUCGUGGACGGAGUGCAACGGACAGGCAAAAGAUGUGUCCUUUCUUACCCUUAUUUUCUCUAAUCUUGCUCUUUGCUUUUAACUCUGCAGAUGCCAAUGGUCAUUAUGACAAGAUCUUGGCUCAUAGCCGAAUCAGGGGUCGGGAACAGGGCCCAAACGUCUGUGCCCUUCAACAGAUUUUAGGCACCAAAAAGAAAUACUUCAGCACUUGUAGGAACUGGUAUCAAGGUGCCAUCUGUGGAAAGAAAACGACUGUGUUAUAUGAAUGUUGCCCUGGCUACAUGAGAAUGGAAGGAAUGAAAGGCUGCCCAGCAGUUCUGCCUAUUGACCACGUCUAUGGUACCUUGGGCAUUGUGGGGGCCACCACAACACAACGCUACUCAGAUGUCUCCAAACUGAGGGAAGAGAUAGAAGGAAAGGGGUCAUUCACCUACUUUGCACCAAGUAACGAGGCUUGGGAGAACUUGGAUUCGGAUGUCCGUAGGGGUUUGGAGAGCAAUGUAAAUGUGGAAUUAUUGAAUGCUUUACAUAGUCACAUGGUUAAUAAGAGGAUGUUGACCAAAGACUUAAAAAAUGGCAUGAUUAUUCCUUCGAUGUAUAACAACCUGGGGCUUUUCAUUAACCAUUAUCCUAAUGGGGUUGUCACCGUUAACUGUGCUCGUAUCAUCCAUGGGAACCAGAUUGCGACCAAUGGUGUUGUGCAUGUCAUUGACCGCGUCCUCACACAAAUUGGCACCUCCAUCCAGGACUUCAUUGAAGCAGAAGAUGACCUCUCCUCUUUUAGGGCAGCUGCCAUUACAUCGGAUAUACUGGAGACCCUCGGAAGAGAUGGUCACUUCACGCUCUUUGCUCCAACCAAUGAAGCUUUUGAGAAACUCCCACGAGGGGUCCUAGAAAGGAUCAUGGGAGACAAAGUGGCUUCUGAAGCUCUGAUGAAGUAUCACAUCUUAAACACCCUCCAGUGCUCCGAGGCCAUUAUGGGCGGGGCAGUCUUUGAGACCCUGGAAGGAAACACCAUUGAAAUCGGCUGCAAUGGUGACAGCAUAACUGUAAAUGGAAUUAAAAUGGUGAACAAAAAAGAUAUUGUUACAAAUAAUGGUGUCAUCCAUUUGAUUGAUCAGGUCCUAAUUCCUGAUUCUGCCAAGCAAGUUAUUGAGCUGGCUGGAAGUCAGCAAACCACUUUCACAGACCUUGUGGCCCAGUUAGGCUUGGCAUCUUCUCUGAGGCCAGAGGGAGAGUACACUUUGCUGGCGCCUGUGAAUAAUGCGUUUUCUGAUGACACUCUGAGCAUGGAUCAGCGCCUUCUUAAGUUAAUUUUGCAGAACCACAUAUUGAAAGUAAAAGUUGGCCUUAAUGAGCUUUACAAUGGACAAAAACUUGAGACCAUUGGAGGCAAACAACUCAGAGUCUUUGUGUAUCGUACAGCCGUCUGCAUUGAAAAUUCGUGCAUGGUGAGAGGAAGCAAGCAAGGAAGAAAUGGCGCUAUUCACAUAUUCCGAGAGAUCAUCAAACCAGCAGAGAAAUCACUACAUGAAAAAUUAAAACAGGAUAAGCGCUUUAGCAUCUUCCUCAGCCUACUUGAAGCUGCAGACUUGAAAGAUCUCCUGACACAACCUGGAGAUUGGACCUUAUUUGUGCCAACCAAUGAUGCAUUUAAAGGAAUGACUAACGAAGAAAAGGAAAUUCUGAUGCGGGAUAAAAAUGCUCUUCAAAACAUCAUUCUUUACCACUUGACACCAGGAGUUUUCAUUGGAAAGGGAUUCGAACCUGGUGUUACUAACAUUCUAAAGACCACACAAGGAAGCAAAAUUUAUGUGAAAGGAGUAAAUGAUACACUUCUGGUGAAUGAACUGAAGUCAAAAGAAUCUGACAUCAUGACAACAAAUGGUGUCAUUCAUGUUGUAGAUAAGCUUCUCUAUCCAGCAGACACACCAGUUGGAAAUGAUCAGCUGCUGGAAAUACUUAAUAAACUGAUCAAAUACAUCCAAAUUAAGUUUGUUCGUGGUAGUACCUUCAAAGAAAUCCCCAUGACUGUCUACACAACUAAAAUUAUAACCAAAGUUGUGGAACCAAAAAUUAAAGUGAUUCAAGGCAGUCUUCAGCCUAUUAUCAAAACUGAAGGACCCACAAUGACAAAGCUCAGAACCGAAGGUGAGCCUGAAUUCAGACUGAUUAAAGAAGGCGAAACCAUAACUGAAGUGAUUCACGGAGACCCAAUAAUUAAAAAGUACACCAAAAUCAUUGAUGGCAUGCCAGUGGAAAUAACUGAAAAAGAGACACGGGAAGAACGAAUCAUCAAAGGUCCUGAGAUAAAAUACACUAGGAUUUCUGGUGGUGGAGGAGAUGCAGAAGAAACUCUGAAGAAAUUGCUUCAAGAAGAGGUCACCAAAGUCACCAAAUUCAUUGAAGGUGGUGAUGGUCAUUUAUUUGAAGAUGAAGAAAUUAAAAUACUGCUUCAGGGAGACACACCUGUGAGGAAAGUACAAGCCAACAAAAGAGCUCCAGGAUCUAGAAGACGAUCAAGGGAAGGUGGUUCUCAGUGAAAAAUCAGAAACUGGACACCAAAGUUUAUAAAACCCUAAGUCUAUCACCUGACCUCAGAGGAAAAUUAUGAGAGCUGCUUUGACUUCAGAAACUUCAGAAUCAUUGACACAAAAACCAAUCAUGAAUUCUGUAUGCAAGUGUAAUUUUUUUCUGAAUGAGAAACAUGAAAGAAAUUGUGGGGUCUGCUUCCUGUAGGUUAGGAACUGAAGGAAAUGUAGCACCUCACAGGUUUUUACAUCUUAACAGUAAAAGUUCUAGCUACCUUUGGAUUACAUCAACAAAAAUCUUUGUCAUGGUAUUAAUUAUAGUUCACAUCUCAAAGUAGUGAGCUGUUAUUCCACUGAAAAUACUGAGCCUCAAACUAUAGAUAAUGGGUAGAUAAAAUGCAUUCAAGCAGUUACCUCUGCAUGGGAAACUAAGUUAUAAAAAUGGGUGUUCAGUAAAAACAAACAAAUAAAAAAAACCCAGACAAAUAACAGAAAAACUUUUACAUUGAAAGGCUUUGCACAUUUCUAAUACAAUGUCAGAUUAGCAGUAAAUUAUGUUAUUUUACAAUUAAUUUUGUACUCUUGAAAUGUUUGUCAUAUGCUUCUUGUAAUACAUAUUUUUAUCUCAAACAUUUCAAUAAAACCAUUUUUCAGGUAUAAAGAGAAUUACUUCACAUUGGGUAAUUCAGAAAACUCAAGGUUUAAGUUAAUAAGGGUUUGGA